AUGGCUGCGAAAGGAAACUUUGAGCUUCUCUGCCUGGAGAAUCCUCUGCUUGAUAUCCAGGGUGUUGGAGAUGAGAAGCUCCUCGAGAAGUACGGGUUGAAGGCUAAUGAUGCCAUUCUGGCCGAGCCGAAGCAUAUGGGGCUGUACGAGGAUUUGCUGCAAAAUCACAAUGCGAAACUGAUUGCUGGUGGUGCUGCUCAGAACACGGCUCGAGGCGCUCAGUACAUUCUUCCCCCGGACUCCACCGUGUACAUUGGCUGCAUUGGCAAGGACAAGUAUGGCGAGAUGCUCAAGGAGAUUUGCGCCAAAGAGGGCGUCCGCACCGAGUACCGUUACGACGAGGAGGCCCCCACUGGCCGCUGCGGUGUCGUUAUCACCGGCCACAACCGCUCGCUCUGCACCGACUUGGCUGCGGCCAACCUCUACAAGCUGGACCACCUGAAGCAGCCCGAGAUCUGGAAGCUGGUGGAGAAUGCGAAGUUCUACUACGUUGGCGGUUACCACCUCACUGUCUGCGUGCCGGCUAUCAAGGCGCUCGCCGAGGAGGCUGCUAGCAAGGACAAGCCCUUCAUCCUCAACCUUUCCGCUCCCUUCAUCCCUCAAUUCUUCAAGGAUCCCCUCGACGAGGUCCUGCCGUACGUCGACAUCCUCAUCGCCAACGAGGCCGAAGCUGCCGCCUUCGCGGCAACUCACGACAUCAACUCCACAGACAUCAAGGAAAUUGCCAAGACCGUUGCUAAGCUCCCCAAGAAGAACUCCAAGAGGCCUCGCACGGUGGUCUUCACGCAGGGAACCGAUCCCACGAUCGCUGCCGUUGCGCAGGAGAAUCUCGAAGUCAAUAUCACCGAGGUGCCUGUCCACCCCAUCUCCGUCGACCAGAUCAAUGACACCAACGGCGCUGGUGACGCUUUCGCUGGCGGCUUCCUUGCCGGUAUCGUCCAAGGCAAGGACCUCAGGACGGCUAUCGAUAUGGGCCAGUGGCUCGCCAAGCUGAGCAUCCAGGAACUGGGCCCCUCGUACCCCUUCCCCAAGCAGACAUACACUCCUAGCAGCUGA